ACAACAUGGCGGCAAUAGAAGCUCUUGCGAAUGCCUAUGGUGAUGACAGCGAUUCUGAAGGAAAUGAAAGUCCUGAAGAGGAAACUACAGCAGAUCACACGGCACAUCUGAACUCUAAUGUCUCAAUUUCACAACUUCAAUCUAAAGUUCAGGUUAAAAGUGCCCCUGUUGUCACUGCAAAGGUUGGUUACGAAUCAGUCAGGUUUGGUGAAUUCUUCGCGCUUCUCAAGAUGCGAAAAUAUCAGAUGGAUUAUAAGAAGGUUUAACAAGUGAUUUGUUUUGAUCCCUAAGGAGGCUGUCGGUGUGAUUAGACAAGUGGAUGCCACCACCAAGGAGGUCACUUACAAUCCGCGAUAUGAGGAGAUGUUCUCCCCUGAGGUGAAAAUUUAGUGCAUGGAACACUCCACAGUUCAAUUUUAUCUCGGAAAACUUUUAUCUUUAGGCUUCCCGCCUUAUGUUUUUUUCAAGGCGUCAUUUUGGGACUCAGAAUCAUAAAUUGUGAUACAUGUAGGACACUGAACCAUGAGAAAAGUUGCGAAGGAGAGGACUGAAUAUUUUAUGCAAGUGUCGUCAUCUCAAGACAUUUAGUGCUCAACGAAAAACGUUAUAGCGUGGGCCGGGUUGUUCAAAGCUGGGUUAAGAUAACCAAGGGUUAGUGUGAAAUUUGAUUUCAGAUCUGAAAGUUUGAAGAACAAAUUCAGUUUAUUUCGUUUUGACUACAAUUUGAUAAUUGAAUGCUCUUAAAACAAUGGGUAAAAUUAUUCCAAAACGGCUUUUGAACGGAGAAAUAUAGAAACCUGGAUUAAAAUUUAACCCUGGGUUAGGGCUAAUUGGCCUUUGAAGAACUGGGCCCUGUACAUUGUACUUGUACAUUGAUGAAUUUUUACUGCAAAUUUUCAUGUAAUUGCCAAGUAGUUUUAUCAGAGCAGGGUGAUGAAGUUUCAGGGUAUCAUAUGUUAUUUGAAGUUAACUAAUAUGUUUUAUAAAUUAAUAUAUCAAUGCUUUUCUACUGUCUGUGGAUAGGUUGGACCAUCAAAUCCCUUUAAAACUAGGCAGCAAAGUGCUCCAAAGAAUGCGCUAGCUGGUAACAUGAUUUUAUAAUAAGUUUGAUUUUUAUACAAGUUGAGCUGCCACCUGCAUUUAUUUUUGGUUCUUAAUGACAGCUCUGCACAUGUGCCCAGAAAUCAAUCUGUUGAUUUGGUUUCAGGUUAUGUUGAACCAGCUCACAUGAGUGACUUUACAUUUGAAACUCAAAGAAGAACAUUUACUAGUUAUGGUGAGGAUAUUCAGCAAAGUUCAGUGUCUUAUGGCAUAAGUAGGCAAUACAGAUAAUUGUCAUUACUAACAGUCAACCUCUUUUAACCCUUUAACUGCCAAGAUCUGAUUGUUAAUUCUCGCCUCUAGCUGUUACACAUUUCCUUUUAAAUUUAUUGCAAGAAUUUGGUGUUAAAUCAAGAUUAAAACUUCUGCCUGAUAAAUUUGAGUAAUCUUCUAACCUGUUUGCUGGAUAGUGUAAGGAUAUUAUAGAGAGAAGUUACAUGUUGAUCACCUCUGGGAGUUAGAGGGUUUAUAUUUCAGUCAUAAUCAUUCUAUUUUUCUUCUGUAGAUUUAAAGGUAUUAUUGUUUAUCAUUGUUCAUUUAUCAUAUGAAAACAGCUGUGAUAAAUCUAGAAAGCUUGAAUAGUUUUACUCAAUGUAUUUCUGAAAUAACUAUUUGAAUUGAACAGUGUUGUAUGAAAUCUGUCAGGUUAUGCCCUUGAUCCCAGUGUAACAGGAGGAGCCAGCACAAGUGGGGACAGGUUUGUCUUCACAGAAUUUCUAUGAAUAUACUGUGCUUGAUAUAUUUCCCAUGGUAUUGACAAGGAGAAUUUGUUUAACAACUAAGAGCCUACUAUCAUGCUGAUCAUUUCUUUUCGUUGUUAUAACCUUUACGUUUGAUUAACUGGUGAUCUGUAAGGAGAAAUUAGACACAAGUCACUCUCAGGGGUUAAUAGGUUAAGGCCAGUGAGACAGCUGAAAAAAAGCUUCCAUUGUGUUAACUUUCAAGGUACUGAAAGGAAAGAGGUUAAUUGAGAGUGUUGAAGUACAUGUAGAAUGCUCUUUUUCCUUCUCUUAUCUAAAAGACUUUAAGAAUAUCCCAAAACAGAUGGCAGCCAGCAACAUAAUGUACAUUUGAAACAGCUUUUCAACCAGCAGAUUUUUUUUAUCCUGUAUAUUUGAUUAAUUAUUCAUUGAAACCUUACAAUUAUUUUAUAAAUAGGUUUGUUGGAGAUGUAGAAAAAGCAGAGGAGAAGAAGGGUAUGUACCUUUCGUUACAUGCUUGCUGAGGAGCAUUUCAACAUUUCUGUGGAUAAUUUCAUUGUGUUUUGACUGGGUGAUUUUUUUUUUGUCAAUUUUUUGUUUGCUUUUGGUUGUUGUUUUUAAUGUGCUUGCUUGUCCAUUCGUUAGCACAAUAAUUGUGGCAGAACUGUACCAUAGGGUAUAAGUUAUUGUGUAUUCUCCAGGCUUGACAAUAUUUGAAGCAACAGAAGCACGCCCAGGUGACAAAAGAAAACGAGAAAAACCUGGUGAUCCAGGAGACAUUGAAGGAUACAAAGGUAAAGAAUACAAAGAAAGAGCAACUUACAUUGUUCAUAGUUUACAUAAUUUACUAUGAAAUAUAUUUUUUGAAUUUGUGACCAACUUUUAUCAUAAUGAUUAUAUUGGAAGUACAUGUACUAUAGUUUGAUACAAUAAGGCAAUUUUCCUAUUUCUCAUCAUACCAUUCUGUUUUUGUGAUAUUUUGUAGUGCAAAUCUGAGUUAUCUGAAGUUUCUUAUUUUUGCAUAAAGGACUUAAUGACAUUAACCUUCCCUUUCAGGUCCAUGGGCAACAUUUGUUGAUGAAGCUAAAGUUGCUAAGCCAUCUGAGGUGAAAUUAGUAGAAAGUUUUUAAAUAAAAUUAAAUUUAUCAGUUGACAUUUGUCAACCUUUGGAAAGAAAAUGUAACUUUUUUCUGUCUUUAGGAACAAGCAGCUAAGCUUGAAGAGUUUGAGAUGACAAAGCAAAAGAGAACUAAGAAAGAAGAACAAGUUGUGGAAGAAAAGACCACUCUUCAUGGUGAGGGAAUGUAUAGGCUUGGACUGAAAUAUUAGAGUUAGCAGAUUUAAAAAAAAAAUUGGUUUCAUUAGAAAUCCAUCCACUGUUCAUUGAAAGAAAAACUUUUAUUAAUUCACAAUUUUUUAAAAUGUCAAUUUCAAGUACAAAUUCUAAUUCAGGAGUUUUGGCAACUCUUUCCACAAACAGCUGCAAAUAGCAUAAUGGCAGCUUGUUGUAAGGGGAAACCCAAAAAAGAGCCUGUUUGGCAGGCUAAACUGACAGCCAUGAGAGGUCUUAGAGGCAGCAGUAGACUGCCAGUAAGUGCCUUUCAUUGAAACGCCUGAUUUUACAUGACUGUAUCCUUGUAUAUGAACAAGCUAUUUGCAACCUUGAAAUACUGUUUGUACAUGACAGUGAUUCUUCAAAGACACAACUACAUGUGUAUAGACUUCAGAUGGAGCCAUCCUCUCGUCACCUCUGUCUUUGUUCAUGACUUGUACAUGAUUGUGUGUGGAUUGUCCUUAUCUAAAAAUACUCUGAUUUACUUUAAUUUCUUGAUUUUUUUUUCCUUUCAGUUCAAGAUUCUGUGGAUUAUCAGGGUCGUUCGUAUCUUCACAUUCCAAAAGAUCUGGAUGUGAAACUGGAUACAGAUGAACCACCAGAGAGAUGUUACUUACCAAAAAAACACAUUCACACAUGGUCAGUAAGUUGAGCGUUUUGUGGAGAAAGAUGUGAAUUCUUAUGGAGACAGCAUGGCUGAGUGGUUAGGGCCCUGGUCUUAUAAUCUGGUGGUCCCAGGUUCAAGUCCUCUGCCCUGCUACUCACUGGAUUUGUUCUUGGUGGCCCCGAGUUCAACUCCUUGGCUGUGCUUUGUAAAUAGCCAACUGGUCUGCCUCCUUUUAGUUAGGGUUUUCAAACACUUUAUGUAUAUUUGAAAUAUUUGUUUAUUUGUUUGCAUGCAUAUGAGCACAUGUAAAUGGGUAUAUGCAUAUUAUAAGCAUUAAAUUUAUUAUUAUUAAAUAUUAUUUAGCGUAUCAUGUACAUGUACCUUGUUCUUGUAGCAUGAUUUGUCAAAUAAUACAUCUUAUCUUGUGAUAAUCAACUGCAAUUAAAGAUUGUGAUGCUGAAGCACUGCUUUGUGAUUCAUAAGCAUUAUUUUCUGAAAAAGGAAUUAUUGAAAUAAAAUUAAAAACAGGCCUCUUUGUUAUUCACCAGAGGCUCAAUGAUCAUUGUCACACAACCUACUGUAUAAUUCUUUGUCCUGUAAAUUGUUCUACAAUAUCCAGUGUUACUUUCUUUGAACUCCUUGAAACGUGAACAUCGGCAAAAUAAUUCUCGCCAACAGUGCCGUUUACAGUGUGUCUUUGUUUUUUAUCUCUCAUUAGGACUGGACACUCAAAGGGUGUCUCCUCCAUCAGGUUCUUUCCAACAUCAGCUCACCUGUUACUGUCUUGUAGUAUGGACUGCAAAAUUAAGGUAGGUCUGGCCAGUAGAACAAAUGGCUAGACAGUAACUUGCUUAAUCAAAAAAUCUAAGGAUUCUUUCAAUCCAAAAGGCGGAGUGCCUCAGAUAAUAACGUAAUAGUUAAUAACAUAAUAUGUUAUUAACUGAGGCACUCAGAAUAGCCUUGAAUCAGUACCACCAAACUACAAUGUAUCUCAGUUACAAAACUCUAGUAUGAGGUGAUGACAUGAAACUUUCCUUUUCAGCAGCAACGUGUUAUCUAGCUUAAAGAUGGAAUGUAUAAUAGCUAGAAGAGAGCAAUGCCAAUCAAAUAUUUUAACAUUUAGCCAUUACAAUUGCCUAAGAACUUAAAUACUCCUGAGUUACAUCCCAUCCAGAGAGAAGAGAUCAUCAAAGAGAAAAUUUUCCCUCUCACUUCAAGAUAACAUGAACAUGUAGCAUCAGCGCAUUUGUUGAGCACGUGUCGUUUUUGUGCUCCGUUAUCACUAGUAAUGGUCCAGAGCUGAAAAUAUCAGUCACUGAGUCACGAAAUUUUGUGCUGCAUUGCUGAUUGUGGGGUAUCUCAUCCCAAUUUUUUUGAUUAUGAUUUUGUUUUCCUUUUGUUUAUUUUGUCGGUUCAAGUUGUGGGAAGUUUACGGCAAAAGACGUUGUUUGAGAACAUUCAUGGGUAUGUUUUCGUUUAUUUCUUCUAAGUUUGCCUUUGCAUAGCAUAAUGUACCACACAUUAAAGCAAAUAAAUUUUUCGUGUUUACAUGAAAUUUAGUCCACGAGGUGUACAUUUUCCAAACUUUGAUAAGCUCGCGUGGUUUCACAAAAUUGUUCUGACUCUUUCCUCUGCCGUAAUCAAUAACCGAGCCAGUAACUACUGUUUCAUAAGCGUAUAGAAAGGACGUGUGAAGGUUAAAGACGAGAGGAUGAGUGGGAUAGGGGGCAUUUCACCGAUUCCCACCCGACUUCCCACCUUGGUGCAUCUUCAGUCUCAGAACAUGUCUGCGUGACAGAUGAAGGUUGGUCUCCCACAAGAUGUUAAUAUUGCAAUAUGUCGUCGUCCUUUUUAGGUCACAGUAAAGCUGUUCGUGACAUUUCGUUUAACAACAGUGGGGCACAGUUUCUAAGUGCUGCCUAUGACAGAUAUGUCAAACUUUGGGACACAGAAACAGGUGGGGAAUCUUGAAAAAAUGUCUUCAUUUUUGUCAACGUUACAGUGAAUUUCUAUUCAGAUUUAUAUUUUCCUGGUAGCAUUUAUAUGACACAUACGUUACAGGGCAGUGCACUGGACGUUUUACCAACCGAAAAAUUCCGUAUUGUGUCAAGUUUAAUCCUGACGAGGUAAGGUACACACCUUAUGGUUUUGAAAUAGAACCAGAACUGAUGAGGUAUUGCUCAAACUUAAUAUAAUAGUUGUUUGCCAAUUUUGCAAGAUUUUCCUCGAUUUGCGUGGUCAAAACCAUUUUUCUCUUUCUUCUCAGGAUAAGCAGCAUUUAUUCGUUUGUGGAACAUCAGACAAGAAAAUAUUAACGGUAACAAUUGGAAAUCUUUCAGUCGAAGUAACGUUUGCUGUUAAAUGUUAAAGUUUUGUAUCGAUGUAAAAUUUCUUCCAGACGAUAUUAUUUUUGAGUACACGAGUGAUCAACCUAGCAAAACAAAACUAUGCCACCGUUUUGAUGGUGUUACAUACUUUUUUAAGAACGUGCCCCAGCAAAAUGUGCUGGAGAACAUUGCGAAUGUUCCAUCCUUUUAAAAGAAAGAAAAUGCGCAUAGCUCCUAAUUCCGGGCGUUUAACAAAUUACUAAUGGUUAUAUCUGUGAUUCUAGUGGGACACGCGAGCGAACGAAAUUGUUCAAGAAUAUGACAGGUUGGUCAAAACUUCUAACUUGUUUACCUAGAGGCAAUGGUACAAGUGUGUAACAGUGUUUUGAGUCAUUUUUGGUCACGUCGAAUCACAAUUAAGCCUUCUGAACAAGGAAAAAAACAUCGAAAUUAUGAGUUUGUGAGGUAGCAAUUCUCCAAGAGGGUAAAUAUGAGACGUAAAUAAAAAGCCUCGAAAAUGCAAGUCAAAUGUACGAAACCAUGAACUUCGUACUUUUAAAAGUACAUGUAGUUGUGUUACCUUAAAGAGAGCUCUGUCUAAAAUAUUGACUCCAUUUCAGACAUCUUGGCGCGGUUAACACGAUAACGUUUGUGGAUCAAAACAGAAGGUUCGUGACGACUUCUGAUGACAAAAGUAUCAGAGUAUGGGAAUGGUGAGUAACUGUGUUGUUAUCUUUCUUAGUCUAUUCGUGUUUAUAAAGAGCAGCCAUCGUUCGUCAAGUUCUUGCGAUGACCGUUUAUCUUAAAGAAACCUUGCUCUUUUCUUCGAAGUGGGGUUGCGCAGAGGUGGAAAUGCUUAUUGCUGUGACCUUGGCUCGAUUGUCGAGUAUGACGUCACAUUUGGGUUGAGUCUGUUGAUUAUUCUCGCCUUUCCUCAAGGGUUUUUCUCUUGGCUCUCUGACACUCUAAAUUCCGAUUUGACCGGAAACAAUAGACGAGGAACACACAGUUAGCUAUUCAUCUUUUAUCUUUUUCUUCCUCCACUUUUCUUUCUUUCGAUCCCAUUUUACUCGCACGGGGCGAAUUUCUCAGAAUCAUAGCAGACUGUGUCAUCUGACUCUUAAGUUUCAUUUUUCGAACCAGGGACAUUCCUGUGGAUUUCAAGUAUAUUGCCGAACCUAGUAUGCACUCCAUGCCCGCAGUAGCUCUUCACCCCAACAGUAAGUUGCUCGUUUUAAAUUUCAUUUUGUUUUUAAACAACCUGAUACCUCCACCGUGAAAUUGUUAAGCUCGUACUUCCCCGCUAUUAAAUAAGAUCUUUGACGACUGUACCAAGUGCAAAGUGUGAUGGGAACGACAAUUGAUAGAUGACUCACUCGUUUCCAAGCCCUUCUCUAGUGAUUGGUGAGAGAUGUCUCUUCUCCCAGGAGUGAUUACUAUACAACCUCUCACUACAAUAAAAAUAUGUUAUUCAGCAACAGAAAAAGUGGCGAGCUUUAUGGUUUUCUCCUGAUAAAACACCAAAUUCUCGCGCUUAAGGGAGUAAGUAGUAGCUUGAAAAGAGAAUUAGAAAGCAGAUGAAGUUACUCACUUUGUUCUUUCUGCAGACAAAUGGAUGGCAUGUCAGUCCAUGGACAACCAAAUCAUGGUGUUCGCAGUACUAAAUCGUUUCCGUCAAAACCGAAAGAAAACGUUUAAAGGCCAUAUGGUGAGAAGCGAGCCAUUUGAUCUAUUAAUUCUUUAGCUUUUGAUGCGAUUGUCUUACAUAAAUCUCCACGACUUCUCUGUUUAGGUUGCGGGCUACGCUUGUCAGUUAAAUUUCUCACCGGAUGGAAGGUAAACCGAAAACGUUGUUCUCAACCUCGUACCUAUCUGAAAAUGAAUCCAAAAAAAAAAAAUAAUGUCUUAAGUGAAAACAGUUUGAAGAAUUUUUCUUAUUCUUCCCUAUCACACCAUUUCUUUCUGUGUAGAAAAUAUUUAUCGGGGUCUUCCUUCCAUUGCUAUCAAAUUCCAGUAAAAAUAUACAUACAUCGACAUGAUCUUCGUAUGGAUUUUCUUUGACCUUUUUUUUCAACUAUAUUGAUUAAAAUCACUAUAAUUUUCGAGAAUGUACUUUUGUUGUUGUUGUAGUUAUCUUAUUUCCGGCGAUGCAGAUGGCAAACUUUGUAUAUGGGACUGGAAAUCAACAAAACUCUACAGGUAAUAUCAGCCUCUUUUUUCCUUUUUUUUUUUCUUUUUUUGAACCGUAGGAAAAAUGAUUUUGCUUUUAUUCCUCGGUUCAUAGUCAGCUCAUAAUAUUUCUAUGAGACGUUCAAUUGUCUAUUCCUUUCAACAUUUGACUAUAAAUCGUAUCACAGAUAAUAUUAUCUAUAUUUUGCUUCUUAAAGUAUUUUAUAAGUUUUUAUAGGACAGGUAUUAGAUUAUAUAGAAAUAUUAGUAAUGUAGAUGAUCGUAAGAUCUACAUACAACAAAUUUAUGCAUUUAUACGUCUGACUAUAAGUUGUAUCAUUUAUAAUAAUAUCUGUAUUUUGACUCUUAAAGUAUUUUAUUGUAAGUUUUUAUAGGAAAGGUAUUAGAUUAUAUACAGAUAUUAGUAAUGUCGAUAGUCGCAAGAUCUGCAUACAAAAUUUUUUUUUAAUUAUUGUUAAUUGUUAGGUUUACAUAUUUAUUUCAGUUAUUUUAAAACGUAUUUGAUCAUACUCACAUUUAUAAGGCGCUAUAUAAGUAUUAACAUUGUUAGAAAUUAUUAUUGUGAAGGAGUUGUUGCUUACUUUUAUUCAAAUCGUCCUCGCUACACCUACAAACAUUAAGGCUACUGUGGUCAUUUUUGACUUGGCAGAAGUGAAGGGUGUUUUUGGUAACUCGUGGCUUACAAUUACACUUAAGUGUAUCAAUCAUGGACUAGGCAUUUCUCUAAUGUUAGUGUAUGGCCUUAAAGUGAUACAGAGAAGUGACAUUGACUUAACAUGGAUAGAAAUGAUCUCCAUGAGCGUGCAACCGAAAUCAGGAGAUGUUUACGCGAUUGGAAUACAAGGAGUAGGGUGUUUUGCCUCUAGAAACUCUUCGGGGUCAUUUAUGUUGACAUGUUAUUAUUGGCUAUUCACAUUUUGGUGGGCUAAAUAACUCAGAUCGAAAAUAGGUUUCUGUAAAUAACUCGCGCGCGUUUGAAUAUUUUUCCAAAAUUUUUGUUGGAAACUAUAGUUAAAAUAAUAAUGCUUAGUUUGACAUGAAAAAGAAAAUUCAAUUAAAUUUGCCCUCGAAGGUCAAACGUAUCCUUAAGUGCUGUAAUCUGCUAUGAGAGACUUCAAAACUGGAUUUGUCGACACACUUCUCAAUGAGUGUAAGGGAAACUAGGGAAAAUGAUUAACCUUGUCGCAAUAACUCAUUGUUUUUGUCUUAUUUACCAAAUAGUGCCACAUUCUUUGUUAAAUUUUGUUGUUUUUGACUUACAGCAAGUUCAAAGCACACGAUGCAGUUUGCAUCGCUUGCCUGUGGCAUCCUCACGAGACGUCAAAGGUGGUAACCUGUGGCUGGGAUGGACUUAUCAAGUACUGGGACUGAAUGAGAGGAGUUGGAAGAAAAAAAAACAUGUAGAAAAAGGAUGACAUUCAUGCUUCUCACAGACAUUUGGCAAAAGUUAAGAUCACGACUCCUUUGCAAUGGAUUUGCAAAAUACCUUUUUAACUAUUUCGCAGACAUGAUGUUAACAGGGACAAUUUACCUGUAUUAAGCGAAGUAUUCAGCCUCUGGAGAGACUGACUUGCUGUAAAAAAGAGUACAAUUAACAUUUUGUUACCGUCGAAUGGAACACCCCAUCUCGAAAUUCUAACUUGUUACGACGUCACCCUGUUUUGAAAUCAUCUUUAAAAUUCCACCAUAUGCAACUUUGUAUAUUGUGUUUCUUUAAAGCUCUAAAAAUGACUUUUCGAACCCUCCGAAACAUCACGCCAAGUCGGUCGUUUGAUUUACGGCAAUGUAAAUAGCAUAAUCAAUAAAGCAUGUUCAACGACAGAUAGUACCUGUAGCUUAAAGUAUUGAAAAGUGCAAUACUACAGUGCAAGUAUUCGAAAUAUUUCUGUUAUGAAGUUUUUACAAGAGUGUGCUGCCUGGCAAUAUUAACGAUACGACACGAUACGAUACUUAAUUCAACGUGGAGUUUUCGCUUAGCAAAAUCAACUGGUUUUCAGGUGACCCAUUGUCUAAUU